UCAUCAGAAUCUUCAAUGACAUUUCGAGUUCGGUCACGUGACGUGUGCCAAAAGAUAUUUUAAAUUCAAUAUUUACAAAAAUAUGGUCAUUACAGGUCCCCUAAAAGUAGUUUAACAUGUUCUUAUAAUCCAAAAGAAUUUAUUGGGAUACAAUUCUGCCCUAAGAUUUGUAGAUGGAAACAACCCUAUUACAGUUCAAAUAUUGAUGACGAUGUGCUGAUAUUCUGUGAAACGGAAAACAAUUAUCAGGCCCGAAAUCGAGACUGAUUUUGGGCCCGAUAUCGGGAAGUGUGGAUGUAAUAGGUGCUUAAGCCCUAAACCGCUUAAUAUGGUUAAAACAAAUUAUAAGAGUAUUUGCUUAAUAGUAUUAUAGUAGAGUAUUAUUGAAUGAAAAUACACACGUAACGUAUAUUUCACUCACAACAGCUAUGGGAGUUAUGGGGAUAAUUAAAUAUAAUUAAAAAGGAAAAUGUGUUACUUAUUAUGGCAACAUAAAAGCUAAGCUGCCGAGUUUCCGAGCAAACCCGAACGUUUUUCUAUUGGAAGCCGAAAAUAACCGAACGUAUGAUUAGGUCACGUGGUACUUUUGGAGUCUUCGUGGCGUAGCUUGUUCAGCUGCUCGUCGAAGCGGCUGUCGGACGGUCGCCUCUCAACGAGUCUGCGUACGAUGUAGCGGCCAUUUUUGUUCUUAGUUCAUUACAGUGCGCAUAUUUUAAUGUAUUUAGAGGAAUAUUUAGGCAAUUUUCACGAUGACUAUAAUAGUUUUUCUAAUAGAUACAUCAGCCUCUAUGAAUCAAAGAGCUUAUUUGGGCGGACGCCCAACAUUGCUCGAUGUAGCCAAGGGCGCUGUGGAAACGUUCGUAAAGGUACGUCAACGUUCCCCUGAAAGCAGAGGUGACAGGUAUAUGCUUCUAACUUUCGAAGAGCCACCCGCGAACAUCAAGGCUGGAUGGAAGGAAAAUUUAGCAACAUUUAUAAAUGAGCUGAAAAACUUGCAAUGUCUAGGACUGACAACAAUGGGUGCCGCAUUAAAACAUGCAUUUGAUGUGUUGAACAUAAACCGCAUGCAGACAGGCAUAGACACAUAUGGCCAGGGCAGGUGCCCCUUCUACUUGGAGCCCUCAGUCAUUGUUGUUAUAACUGAUGGAGGGAAACUAUCAAGCAAUGCUGGCAUUCAAGAAGAAUUUAACCUACCAAUGAACUGCCCCAUACCUGGGUCGGAGCUGACUCGGGAGCCAUUUCGUUGGGAUCAGCGAUUGUUUUCGUUGGUACUUAGAUUGGCUGGUACUCCUGCAGUCGAGAGGGACUCUGGCCUCGUGCCCUCAGAUACGUCGCCUAUCGAUGCCAUGUGUGAAGUUACCGGUGGUCGGUCCUACUGCAUCACGUCACACCGAAUGUUGAUGCAAUGCAUCGACAGCUUAGUCCAAAAGGUCCAAAGCGGCGUGGUGAUCAAUUUUGAGAAGAUCGGGCCCGAUCCUCCACCGAUCGACGGGGGGACAGUGAAAGAUGGGACUGAACCAGUAGAACCUGAGGUUCCUCAUGGGGAGCAGGAAAAGGAAAUUGAAGGGGAUAAUGAAAGGAAUGGGCGAUGGAACGGCGGGCCGUACCAAAGCAGCAUGACCACCAACCAAGGUCCGAGCGCGCCGCAGGCGUGGCACUCCUGCCGCCGGCUCAUCUACGUGCCACGGACCGUCUCGCAGAAGGGCUUCGCUGUCGGCUUCUGGCCGAUCCCAGAGUCUUUCCGGCCCGACCCGAACGCGCCUACUUUGCCGCCGCGGUCAGCGCACCCCGCGGUGAAGUUCACGUGCUCGAGCCAGGAGCCGAUGGUGAUCGACAACCUGCCGUUCGAUAAAUACGAGCUUGAGCCCAGCCCGCUCACGCAGUUCAUUCUCGCCAGGAAACAACCCACCAUUUGCUGGCAGGUGUUCGUAGCAAACAGUGGUUGCAAGAACUCCGAAGUGACCCACCCGUUUGGCUACCUGAAGGCGUCAACGAAUCUCACGUGUGUGAAUUUGUUUGUGCUACCAUAUAACUAUCCGGUGCUGCUGCCGCUUCUCGAUGACCUCUUCAAAGUUCAUCGGUGUAAGCCCACUCCGGAGUGGAAGUUGGCUUUCCAGCAGUAUCUAGAUAGGAUGCCUUCUUAUUAUGUCACGCCAUUACGAAGAGCAUUGGCGAAGAUGGGUGCAUCGGCACCGUUGGUCCAAAGUCUGAUCCCUGACACGCAGGACAACUCACUUAGCUUCUCCGUACUGAAUUACCUCAAAAGACUGAAAAACCAAGCUAAAAUAGAAUUUGAGAAGCUGUGUGCGGAUGUCAUUAAUAAGGCUUCUUCGAAUAAUAAUCAAAAGGUGGCCGAAAGCGUCCGCGUGGUGCCGCGCUCGCCGCUCAAGAAGGACCUGACGACGCACCCGUGCCUGCAGGACAAGUUCUCGGCGCUCCGCGACCAGCUCAACGAGUUCGGCGGCUUCGUGGUCGGCCUGUCGCGUGGCCGGAACAAGAACCAGGCGCACACCUAUAGGAACCCUUUUGAUAUACAGCGGAGGGAUCUGUUGGAUCAGGUGGUCCGAAUGCGCGCCAACUUCCUGCAGCCGUCGCUGGCGCACACGCGGCUGGUGGACGAGGACAGCCUGCACUCCAUGCCGGUGGCGCAGAUGGGCAACUACCAGGAGUACCUCAAGCGCAUGACGCCGCAGCUGCGGGAGAUCGAGACGCAGCCUGUGCGGCAACAUAUGUUCGGGAAUCCGUUCAAGAUAGAUAAGCGCAUGAUGGUGGACGAGGCGGACAUCGACGGGCUGGGCGGCGUGCGCGGCGCGGGCGGCGGCGGCGGCUCGGGCGGCAAGCGCGGCGCCGAGUCCCCGCGCUCGGCGCCGCCCAAGCGCAAGGCCGGCCCGCUGCCGCCCGACUUCACCGCGCGCCGCCCCUCCUCCCCCGCGCUGUCGUGCCGCUCGCCGUCCCCCUCGCCCUGCCCCUCGCCCUCGCCCAGCCCCUCGCCGUGCCCCUCCCCCGCGCCCUCCCCGCCCGCCUCGCCCGCGCCGCCGCCCGCCGCGCCGGAGCCGCCGCGCCGCCCCGCCGAGCCGCUGGCGCCCGUGCCCGCCGACCUGCCUUCCGGCCGCCCGCCCGAGGAGCCUCCCCAUCUGGAGCCGGGCGGGCCGGGCGCGCUGCCGGCGCCGUGCGAGCCCCCGCCGCCACUAGCGCCGGCUCCGCCGCUAGCGCCGCCACUAGCGCCGUCCGCCACGCCCGCCGCGCCGCUAGCGCCGCCCAACCUGCCGCCUGUUGUCAAACCCUUCCUCAACGGAGACGCAUACACGACGAUGGGCGGCAAGCUGCCGCGCUCGCCGUCGCCCGAGGCGGCGCCGGUGUCGGUGGCGGCGGCGCCGGCGCACGACUCGCAGGAGCUGCAGAUCAACGCCAUCAUCCAGGGCAUCGCCGCCGGCGCCAACACGCUGGCCCGCCCCAGGAAGCGGCCCAGGAGGAAGGUAGAGAAACCAUCCCCGCCACCUGCGCCACCUCAACCGACUCGGAAAGAGCUCGCAGACAUCAGGAAACACAACCUCACCGUGAGAUCAGAAGUGUAUCGAGCCGUGCGUCGGCCGGGUAGAGAUUUCGCGAAAUUGUUUGAACACUUAAAACAAUUAAAAGGCAGUGUUGAUAUUAAAAAAGAACUAAUACGUGAAGUGAUAAACGAAUCGUUAAGGUUCAAAAGAAAGGCUUUAGCAAAACUAUUGGAAGACUUUUUAGCGGGCCUAGAGAAAAACGGUAACAGUGCUUCGGUUAACAUGAAGAGAUUAACAAAUUCUGUGUAUAGUAACUCCACUAACAACUACAGCUAGUGUUACGUGAAAUUGACGGACGUUCGGGACUUACCAACACGCCGUAAUAAAACUGGAGCAAUAACGUGGGUACUUUAAGACCGGUUAUCGCUGACAAGAUAUUUAUCGACAUCGGAUACUUGGUUAUCGGACAAUGUCGUCGUAUACCGUAAAUGUUUUGCCUUAACACUUUAUAGUGAUAUAAGCAUCAGAACAAAACGCUUACACAGUGAGAAGUAAUAUAAUGUGAUACAUGCAAUAAUAUUUACUUAAAAUGUGUUCUUGUUUAAAUAUCCUAAUGUCUAUACCAAACUUAAUACUUUAGGCGUUCUGUGGUCGUCAAAAUUUAUGAUUCAGAAUGUUCUACAUUGCCGUAUUCUGUGACUUAGUUUUUCUAUCUAUUUGGUACUUAGAAAUACGUGAUCUGAUUACGCAUAAGUGAAAUCGGGGCUCACAAAAAUUAUGAUAUUAAAUAGAUCUAACAGGUCGUAGAAUACAGGCUCUGGAUUGAGAUAUCCUCCAAUCUAUGGACCUCUAGUCGUCCUUUUUAUUUACCUAUUAUUUAUUAUUUUAUAAAAGAUGUCAGUGUUAAUAAAUAUGUAUAGUUGGGUCCCUACGACGACGUUUCCGCCUUUUACCAUUAAUAUCACUAAUCUAUACACUAACUGUCAGUACUUUGGAAGACUUGCCUUGUCUUCCUAAUCUCAUCAGUUAAGUAUGAUGUCCAAAGCAUUUAUUUUAAUUAAUUGCAUUAAAUUUCAUUUUAAACAUGUGUCAGUCUGAGUUUUGAUCAAAUUGGACGAAUUUUAUUGUCAUUUUGUGUUCACAGUAGUUGUAUUGAAAAAGACGGAAUAUGUAAGUUUAAGACGUGAUUCAUUUGUGGAAUCAUUUUAAAAUAAAUACCUUGCAAUAAGUACUUAAUUCGUUUCGUGAAUUUUCACCUCGAACUUAAUACUUCUAUACAUAUAAUGAAAUCCUCUUUUAUUGUGAAUUUUAAAGCACAAAAUGACAUUAAAAUAGUGUUCAGAGAUUUGUAAAAAUAUUGUAUAUAAUAAAUAUAAUGUAUUAUACCAAUGAUAAUAUCUGUGUAGGAUGCUUCAAUGCAUUGGUCAAUUGUAAAGUGUAUAUAUCUUUUUUAAAUAAAUUAUAAUCCUUAUUGGAUUUUUA